AGGAGUUAACAGUGCUUUGUGUGUCGUCACACGGACGCUGGCGGCGCGUCAGGGAGCGGGCAGCACAGCGCUCUGGUACCUCAGCCUCCCCGGCUGAAUGCCCUGGGCCGCCCACGGGCAAUGGCAGGUGGACCGCGGGUCUCACACAACCGUAACCUACCGGCCGCUGUCACCCAGUGCUUCUCGGUGGUGGCCCUGUGCACGGCAGUGGCCGAUCCCAACUGGUUUCAGGUCGUUCCGAACGGCACCUCUCCGCAGAUCUACGGGGUGGCUUAUGUGGUGCAGCUGCAGGGAAACAUCUCGGCAGAUCCGAAUACUAUCAUGAACUAUGAAGGAAUCUCUCUUCUAAUAGUGAUGGCCACCUGCAGCUAUAUUGGAAUACUGACUGGCUUUGGAGCCUUCAUUCUAAGCUUCUUGGGAUCAAAACAUCCACUUUUGUUUAACGUACCAAUUAUGUUACAUUUUAUAACAGCCAUUCUGGACAUUGGGUCGCUGGCUCUGUGCUCCUACCUGUUCUUCCAGGUGAAGACAAGGCUGAGGAGAAAGGAAUUUGAGAAGACGACCAUGCAGACAACCCUGGGUGAAAGCUACGUGAUUGCAAUAUUUGCUGUAAUGUUUGCAGUAACCGCCUCAGCCCUAAGUCUACCCAAGACCUUUCUGAAGGAGGUGAGAGUGUCGGAUGGCAGGACAGAAGAGGAGAACACGCUGAUCGCACCACAGAGCUCUGGAACUCGUGAAGAGAGCGGCUGAACAAUUUGCACUACAUCCCUUGAGACUCUCCUGGAUUUGUCUGGUUGACCCAGCGUCCUGCUGUAGUGGUGCCAUGUGUAGGGUCAAAGAACAGAGGCAGAAUGCAGCCUAGUCUGAAGUGGACAGCUCACUGUAGAGCCAAAGGUGUGAUGUCUUUGACUGCUCCAAAGUGGGGGAAAAAAAAGAGCUUUAAUGUUUGCUUCAUACAGUUUUUUUUAUAUAUAUUUUCUCUUUGUACAGUUGUCACCAAUUGAAGUAGUUGUAGGUUUUCUGAAGUUGCUGCUCAGUCAGUGUUGAGUUAAAAUCAAUAAAAGUCACUGAGCCCAACCCACCAGGUAUGACGAGCAGAAUUUAUCGAUGUCAGCAGUGGCAGACGCCGGCAAGCUGAACUUCACUGACGAGGUUCACUUCAAAAGAUUCGAAUCAUCUGUCAACGUCUUGACUUUAACUCUGACUACUGAUGAAGCAAAACGUAGUCAGUCAGUUCUGAUGUAGGAAUGUUGGGAGUGUUUGUCGGGCAGU